GAAAUUCCACAAGCACGACCCGAUUGAGGUUUUCCCGUUGCUCGACGGCGAUAUGGACCUCAGUGAAGAUGCCAUCGGCAGCCAAUGUGUGAAGAAGCUGAUUUUUCCCACGGUUCAGGAGCAAUUGAUUGCCAAGCACAUCAAGAAGUUCAUCGAGCCUGACUCAUCAGCCAAGGAAGCCUUGCCACGCGUCAAGAAAUUCCUGAAAGAUCAACCACUGAGUCCGACUGCAGCAAAAGGGGCGAAAGGCAAUGGACCGGCUUCGGUGACGGAUCAGUUACACUACUGGCAGGACGAAUUUCCGGACGUCUUGGAUACUCCAAUGCCGGCAAGCGAAAUGCCCUCAGCUCCUCAGGGAGAUUGUUUUCAGUAUGAUCCCUUUGAGCUGCGUGUUGCAUACGAAGGCUCUGGUGAAAGCGGCAGAAAGAGCAUCACUCACCAUCUGGAGGUCAAGACUGACCUCGAUGUCGUGAGAAAUGGGAACGUUGGGGACGUCGCCUACAUGGUCGAUAAGGAAACCAACGUUCCAUUCAGAGGAGAAGUAGAACAGGUGCAAUGUGACCGCUUGGCUCCGCCACGCUCUGUGUAUAUCCGCAACUUGAUUCUUACAUCGCUUUUGGCUAGUCCCUCGAAGGAGCUGCUGUCAACCACAAGAGAUGUUGUUACCUCAGAUUGUGGUAUCCACAAGCUCGUUGACACCUACGAGAUGGCGAUGAAUGCAACGGCGCUGAAGGGCACGUCUCGGGUGUUUCCACCUGAGGUGAUGGCUUGGUCGAUGAUUGCCGUUGACGAGGCGGCUGUACCGCGAGCCCAUCCUAAUGGGCGUCCCGAUGAGACGGUCACAGCACUGAAGAGAUUGAAGCUCCCCGAUAUGCCGACUGCGGUUGACAUUCGUUUGGAACCAACAUUGGUGAUUCUCGAUCUCUACCUAGCCCAGUCCAAGAACAAGACCCUGCAGUACUUUUGCGAAGACAACGGAUGGGCGAAUAUCAUCGUGAUUGCCCCCUAUGUUCGUCAUGGGUUACACGUACCGGAUGACCCCAUCAGAUCGAUGAUCAAUGUCAUUGCGCAUGUGCAAGGUCAGAUCGAUGAGGCGGGCAAGGGUGGAGGACAAAGUGGCGCAAGUGAUGACUAUGCUAAUCGGCGUAUCCACAUCUUCAUCUCGUUCGAAGAGCUCAAGAAGGCGUGUGCAGACAAGGUGGUGCUGGAGUUGGUACAAUCGAUUGAGCGGUUACGGAAGACCAGCCAGUGUAAGAAGCUUGCUUUUGAAGAUUCUACUGUCCCGAAAGCCUACGCGGUGUGGGACCUCUGGAUAAUCAGGGCUUCUACUGUUGCGUUUAUGUUACUGGAUCCAUCGGACAUCGCAUCGGUCACCGACACCUUUCUGACGUGGGCAAGACAAGCCGGUGAUUGUACAUGGGAUGUGGAACUCACCGCUGACCGUGUUGUUACGCUGGAGGAGGAAGUUGCCCGGGCCAAGUCCGCCAUGGAGAGUGACUCCAAAGUCAUGAUCAGGAAGGUCCUGGCUUCCUCGGUUCCCACGGCCACGCCAGUGACUCAGGCGUAUUGGAUUGCUGGAGAUGAUGCCAGCCGGCCGGAGGGGGAUCUUGUGCGCAAAUUGUAA